AGGAGGCGGGACUUCCGCAGAAAGCUUGACUGGGCCUAUCCUUGGCUGCAACCGCGCGGAGGCGCAAGAAGGGCUGGAACUGGAGAGGGAGGGGUCUGCAGACUGUCGGCGGCCCGGCUGGAAAUGGGGCGGAGGGCCUCGAGGUAGCGGGAGAGGUGUCGGGGCGCCGCGAGCCGGCCUGCAGGUCCCGGGCAGGAACCACAGAGCCUUGUUCGGGGCUCGCCGGGGCGCGGAGAGGCUUGGUUCCCACGUCAGGGCUGGGAGGAGCCGGCGAGUUACCUAGGGGUGUGCGGGGACUGCCCCGCGACUGUGGACGAUGCCGUACCUUGGCUCCGAGGACGUGGUGAAGGAGCUGAAGAAAGCUCUGUGUAACCCUCACAUUCAGGCGGAUAGGCUGCGCUACCGGAAUGUCAUCCAGCGAGUGAUUAGGCACAUGACUCAGGGCUUGGACAUGUCUGGUGUUUUCAUGGAAAUGGUGAAGGCCAGUGCCACCGUAGAUAUUGUUCAGAAGAAGUUGGUUUAUCUGUACAUGUGUACCUAUGCCCCCCUGAAACCAGAUCUGGCUCUCUUGGCCAUUAAUACGCUGUGCAAAGACUGUUCGGAUCCCAAUCCAAUGGUGCGGGGGCUGGCAUUACGGAGCAUGUGUAGUCUCAGGAUGCCUGGUGUGCAGGAAUACAUCCAACAGCCUAUUCUCAAUGGUCUGCGAGAUAAGGCUUCAUAUGUCAGGAGGGUGGCAGUCCUUGGUUGUGCCAAGAUGCAUAAUCUUCACGGAGACUCGGAAGUGGACGGUGCCCUGGUAAAUGAAUUAUACAGUUUGCUGCGUGACCAGGAUCCAAUUGUGGUUGUGAACUGCCUGAGGUCUCUAGAGGAAAUUCUGAGACAGGAAGGAGGUGUUGUCAUCAACAAGCCCAUCGCCCACCAUCUCUUAAAUCGAAUGCCAAAACUGGACCAAUGGGGCCAGGCUGAAGUAUUGAACUUUCUGCUACGCUACGAACCCCGCAGUGAGGAGGAGCUGUUUGACAUUCUCAAUCUGUUGGAUAGCUUUCUCAAGAGCAGUAGCCCAGGUGUGGUGAUGGGAGCCACGAAACUCUUUCUGAUCUUGGCAAAAAAAUUCCCCCACGUACAAACCGACGUGCUUGUGCAAGUCAAGGGACCUUUGCUGGCCGCCUGUUCUUCAGAGAGCCGCGAGCUCUGCUUUGCUGCCCUCUGUCACGUGCGUCAGAUCUUGCAUAGUCUGCCGGGUCACUUUAGCAGCCACUACAAAAAGUUUUUUUGCUCUUACUCGGAGCCGCACUACAUCAAGCUGCAGAAGGUGGAGGUGCUGUGUGAGCUGGUGAACGAUGAGAACGUGCAGCAGGUGCUAGAGGAGCUCCGGGGCUACUGUACCGAUGUGUCAGCCGACUUUGCCCAGGCUGCCAUCUUUGCCAUAGGUGGUAUUGCCAGGACCUACACAGAUCAGUGUGUGCAGAUUCUAACAGAGUUGCUGGGGCUUCGACAAGAGCACAUCACCACAGUGGUGGUGCAAACUUUCCGAGACCUGGUUUGGUUGUGUCCUCAGUGUACGGAAGCUGUGUGUCAGGCCCUGCCCGGCUGUGAGGAGAACAUUCAAGAUAGCGAGGGGAAACAGGCCCUUAUUUGGCUCCUUGGUGUCCAUGGGGAGAGAAUUCCCAAUGCUCCCUAUGUGUUGGAAGACUUCGUGGAGAAUGUGAAGUCAGAGACGUUUCCAGCUGUGACGAUGGAGCUGCUCACUGCACUGCUGCGCCUUUUCCUCUCCCGGCCCGCCGAGUGCCAGGACACGCUGGGGCGCCUGUUACAUUACUGCAUAGAGGAAGAAAAGAAUAUGGCAGUACGAGACCGAGGUCUCUUUUAUUACCGCCUUCUCUUAGCCGGCAUUGAUGAAGUGAAGCAGAUCCUCUGUAGCCCUAAAUCUGACCCUUCUCUUGGACUUUUGGAAGAUCAGGCAGAAAGACCUGUGAAUAGCUGGGCCUCGGACUUCAACACGCUGGUGCCAGUCUAUGGCAAAGCCCGCUGGGCAACCAUCUCUAAAUACCAGGGGGCAGAGCGUCGGGGCCCAGAGCUUCCUGACACUGCGUGCUUUGCCACCUCAGGUCCCCUGAUUCCUGAAGAGAACAAGGAGAGGGUACAAGAACUCCCUGAUUCUGGAGCCCUCGUGCUAGUCCCCAAUUGCCAGCUUACUGCUGAGUAUUUUGAGAAAACUUGGUUUAGCCUGAAAGUUGCUCAUCAGCAGGUGUUCCCUUGGCGGGGAGCAGUCCAUCCUGACACCCUCCAGAUGGCCCUACAAGUAGUGAACAUCCAGACCAUCGCAAUGAGCAGGGCUGGGGCUCACCCGUGGAAAGCCUAUCUCAGUGCUCAGGAUGACACUGGGUGUCUGUUCCUAACAGAACUGCUGUUGGAGUCCGAGAACUCGGAAAUGCAGAUCUCUGUGAAACAAAAUGAGCCGAGGACUGAGACACUGAAUAGUUUUAUUUCUGUAUUAGAAACUGUGUUUGGAACAAUUGGAGACAUAAAAUCAUAACAGAUUCUUGCUGCCUGUCCUAAGUGAGAUGAACAGCUAUCAGAGUUCCUAGUUUUUCUUAUUAGAGUUGCCUGUAAGUCCAGAUGAUAUCCAAUGCAAUGGAGAAUGAGCAAUCUCAGAAUCAGGAUUCUUAUGGUUUUGUCCAAAGACUGUUGGCUUAUUCCUCUCAUACCUAUUGGUGGAUGACCCCAUUUUUUCAGGUGAUGUUGAAAAGGUUAAUGUUGGUAAGGGGAUGGGAACAGGCUAAGGAAAGGAUUUGGAUUCUUUUCUAAUCCGUUUUAGGGAUUGUCGUACUUAUUAAAGAUGCCUGAAGUCUAUGGAAACUGGUGAAGUCAUCGUUCGUGGAGGUCAUCUUUUCUUCCCUGUGUUACUGCAAUAAAUUCCUCACUGGCCUCAUACUCCUAAUCAUGCUUUUUAAGGCCAGAGUUCAAAGUCCUUAGUGCAGUAUCCAGAGUACCUCUGCCGUGUCACAUCUCACUGCUUGCCCAGACGCUGUUCUUGCCAAAGCAAACCACUUGCAUUCCUUGAAUGCACAAGGCGCUCUCUCACCUCUGUGCUUUGGUACUUGCUUUUAUUUCUUAGCUAGAACAUUUCCUUACCCUCCUAUCUUCUUUCUUUAAGUGAAAUCUAGUCUGUCAGUGUUCCGCUCAGUCAUGAGCUCUUUCAGGAAGCGUUCUGUGACCCUCACUGCCUUCAUUAUGGAUCCUGUUCAAGCUGUCAAGGCUUCCAGUGCAUGUGUCCCCCUGCUACUGUUGUAACUGUUUUCUGUCACUCUUCCUUGCUUUUAAUUUUAUUCAUACCUACCCACAUUUUAUACAUUAAUCGAGGCAACUUAUGGCAAGAGCAGAUGUAAUAAAAUGAUUUAAAGUACAAAUAACCAGUAAAUUAUAGACAACCAGAGGAUCCACAACAGGGAAAGUAGAAAUACCUCUUAAGCCCGGCUUGGUUAGAGAUGGGGAGUUACACAAAUGUUCAGGCUUAAGGGCCUACAUACUUGGUAGAGAGGAGUCUCCAAUGUAGCUCUGUAAGUGAUUUAGCAGUCAGGCUGAAGAGAAGUAGUUAUAUAGUUGUCAUCAGAGAAGAAGAAACCCUCCAAUAUUAAUUUCUAAAAGAAAUUUACACAUAGUUUCACAUGGGUAGCACUGAGUGGUAGGUACAAAAUUGUUAUGGGAAGUUAGCAAUGGGUUUGUCAUGACUUAACGGUGUUCUUCAGUGAAAGAGAAUGUAACUUUAACAUGGAACUUAGGGCAUUUCUUCAAGGACGUAAGAUAACAUGAUCCAAAUAUCAUCUAGCUUAAUUCAAUGACUUCUUCAACUUAGAUACAUAAAUGGACUGCAUACCUUAAAAAAUUUUUUUUCACCCCUCACUUCUCUCAACUAGGCUCUUAAUAAGAAGAGUUUAUAACAGUGUUGAAUUUUCUGGCAAGGGCCUGGGGUUUGUGCAUUGUUCCCCCCUGGAAAAUUUCCCAGGACAGUGAUUUUCUUUCCUUCUAUCUCCAUAGUUGGCCACAUGGUGAUUACUCAAUAAAUGUUUAUUGAAUGAGUGGCUGUAA